CAGUCAGUGACAUGUGUCCCGUACUGUCCUGUCACGUUCACCUCUCUGCUGCAAGUUUAUAAGAUGCAACGCUGCCUUGCAAAUCCAUCACUUCACCGAACUCCGCUCACAGUAAGGUAGGAUCGACCAAACACCACUGAGGGAUUGCAGCGAUGACAGAAUACACGCAGGAAACUAUGGUUGUAAACCAACCGAGGCCCUUCAUCAGGACCUCCGUAUCCAACGAGUGGUCCUCUAACAUCUGUGAUUGCACCGAAGACCUGCCCCAGUGCUGCCUCGCCUUAUGGUGUCUUCCCUGCUUCACCUGUAAGACAUCACACGAGGCCGGGGAGUGUCUAUGUUUACCUCUGCUGGACGCUUUUGGAUGCAUCCCUCCGAUGACCACAGCCCUCAGGGUGUCAGUACGCACACGAUUUGGCAUUCAGGACACAGUUUGCAAUGACUGUGUGUAUGGCUGCUGCUGCGGGCCCUGCACCUGGUGUCAAAUAGCGAGAGAGAUCAAAAAGAGGAAGAAUCCCAUUACCUUCAUCAACAUGUCGUCCCGAUAAGAACAAAAUGCUGAAGUCACCACAGCAUCAUCGUCGCUUGUUAUCGGUUUCGAGCAUGUCUGCCUCUGAGGAAUGUCGCUGAGCAACUGAUUGACGAUCAGCACAUGAGGGGUCAUAAUUGUUGCAUCACUUGAUGACAGGAAGAAGAGAUAAGCACGCACUCGGCCUCUAUGACCUCCACUAACAGAUAGUAAUGAGAACCAGCCUGUGACGGUAAAGUGAUGUACCGAUGAUAAUUCUGGGUGAACUGAACUGUAUUAUAUACAGUUUUUUGGGGGGUUACUGACAUUGCACAAAGAGAUCUUUCAAAUUUAAUUGGGGAUGUUUUUUUAUACUAGUUUUUUUUCUCUUCCAAGAUGUUUUAUAUGUUCAUUUGGAUAAUUGAUUGCUUUGUUCCUAGUAUUGGUUGUUAUCUUUUAGAAGUAUCUAUAUCUUUAUACAUGGGCUCAUUUUAACUCGUCAUAUGAAAAGCCACAGUUGUUCAUUGUAUUGAAACAGCUAUUCAUUAGAUUGUUGUAAUCGAUUUGUUGUCAAUUAAUAAAUUAAUCGCCAACUAACAUGAUAAUCGAUUAAUCGGUUUGAGAAAUUUUUUAAUGAAAAAAAAUAAAAAUUCUCUGAUUCCAG